AUGGCAUUUCCUCAAGAUGCCCAAGAUCCUUUUACGAAGGCCAUCACAUAUUUGAAUCUGGCAGCUGGGGCCGACAACAGUUACUAUGAUAUGGCCGCCUUGCUUGGAAGUGAUACUUUCCAUGAUCCAACCGUCAGUGGUGAUGAUCAAAAUGAUUACCCAGUUUUGAGUUUUUCAACCCCACAGAUGGCACCUCCGAAGUUCAGGAUGUUGCCGUUGGAGCUACAAGAAAAACUUAAACAUCUACAAUAUAACUGUCAAAUGGGAGUCUUCACAGAAAUAGGCAGAGCAUGGUUGGCCGUCGAUAAAGAGUUUUUUCUAUGGACUUAUGAAGACGGCAAUGACAUUGCCUAUUUUGACGGUCUGAAUGAUGUCAUCGUUGCCGCCGCUCUCGUGAAGCCAAAGCCAAAUAUUUUUCAGUCGCACAUUUCUCACCUGCUGUGCCUGGCCACAACUGUUGAAGUGCAUCUGCUGGGCGUGUCUUUCACGUCAUCCUCGUCGUCAUCGCCCUUCGGUUAG